GUACAUCGAAUCCGUAAUUACCUUGUAGAAGCUUCAAAAACCGCCAACGGCGAGUUCCGAACCCACAUACAGCGCGACCAACCAGGUUUCUGCAAUAGACACGUGACUGUAUCCGGAGAGGGCGAUUCCUUCUUUGAAUACCUCUUAAAAGAGUGGAUUCGAACUGAUCAUCAAGACGUUCAAGCUAUAGAACUCUACAACAAAUCCCUCACCACAUUUGAUCGUCUUCGAAUGAUCCGAACUAGUGCUAAAGGAAGUGUCUACCUGACUGACUCGCAACAUGGAUCCCCAGGCCAAAGUAUGUCCCAUUUGGCCUGUUUCGCAGGUGGAAUGUUCGCUCUGGGUGCUGAGACGAAAGACGAAAGUGAUAAGUGGUUUAAGCGGGGAAAGGAUUUGACUCAAACAUGUCGUAAAUCUUAUGCCCAGACUGAGACGGGAUUAGGUCCUGAGAGCUUCGUCUUUACGGACUCGAUCGAUGCGGUUGCAGUAUCUGGCAAUGCUAAGUUCUAUUAUCUUCGACCGGAGACUGUAGAAUCCUAUUUCUAUAUGUGGAGGUUUACACAUGAUCCGAUAUAUCGGAAAUACGCCUGGGAUGUCGUACAGGCACUAGAGAAGCAUUGUCGGGUGAAUAGUGGUUACUCCGGCUUGCGUAAUGUAAACGACUCAAACCCAGAAUUAGACGAUGUGCAGCAGAGCUAUUUCAUAGCCGAAACCCUAAAAUACCUCUAUCUAAUCUUCUGCGAUGACUCUGUUCUCCCCUUGGAUCGGUGGGUAUUCAACACCGAGGCUCAUCCCUUCCCCAUCAUACCUCGAUCGACAGCUUGA